AUGAAGCCCACUGCCGCUAGAUUGAAGAAACCCGACACUGUAUCAAAGCUUGUUUUGGAAGAAGUAAUUGGAUUGACAACUAAAAAUGGGAAUGGGUUAGCUUCAAAUUCAUCUAGUUCCAAAUGUGCUUAUUCGGCAGGUUGUGUGGUGGUGAUUCUUGAUGUGAAUUCCGGUACUCAAUCGCAUCUCAUUGCGUCUGAUAGAUUGCAACCAAAGCCUUUGAGAUGUGUUGCUUUGUCACGAGAUGGCCGCUUUGUUGCAGCUGGAGAGACAGGAAACCAGUCCUCGGUACUAGUUCGGGAUUCUUCUACUUUAUCUGUUGUCUCUGAGUUGAAAGGGCAUCUAAAUGGAGUUACAUGCAUCUGUUUCUCACCAAAUGGUAAACAUCUGGUAUCUGUCGGGGUUUAUAUUUAUCUUUGGGACUGGCGGAGUGGUCACCUGAUAACUAAGCUUCAAGCAACUUCAUCUUCUUCUACUGUCUCAAGUGUUAGCUUCAUAUUAGAUGCAAAAUUUAUUGUUACUGCUGGUAGAAAGCACUUGAAAUUCUGGACUCUUGAAUCAUCUAGGAAAGCUCAACAAAAUGGAGGGAUGCGCAAGACAGUUAAGACUGCAUCAUUAACAAUACAUGAAAAGAUUUCCAAUCUACCAAUUCAGAAAGAAUGUUCGUUUACAUCUGUUGUUUCUUCUGUGUGGACCAAUAGCAGCGAUGAUAAUCGCAAACAAGCUGGUCAAUUAUUUUCUAUGUAUACGUUGACUGAUUCAGGCAUUUUAUACCUUAUUCAUUCUGGGCUGUCAGUCAAAAAGUCUGUUAUCCUGAAGGUUCAAAAAGCUUUUGCAUUAUCAAUAUCGGGAAAACUAAUUGCCUGUGCAUGCAAUAAUGGAACAAUCCUAUUAUAUACUCCCGAGUCUCUAGAAUACGCUGGAUGUGUAUUAUAUUCAAAGGCCAAGAAGUUUUAUGAAGAAGAUAACACCAAUUACCAUGCCAUAUUUCCUGAACAGAAUUUCCAACAGUUACCUGCACUGCCUGAUGCAGUUGCAUGUCAGUUUUCAUCCUCAGAAAAGCUGGUGGUUAUUUACAGCGAUCAUAGCCUCUACAUCUGGGACAUCCAUGAUGUGAAUCAGGCCACAAAGUGUUAUGUGCUUGUUUCACAUUCCUCAUGCAUUUGGGAUAUCAAGAAUCUAUGUUGUGAAAACAUGCACGAUCCAUCUCUUGUAUGCACCGCUAAAGGUUGUUUGGGAGGGAUUUCUUUUGCAACAUGCUCUACUGAUGGUUGUCGACGACAUUAA